GAUUGCUAGUCUGAAGAAAUUAACUACUUUUGUAUGGUAGAAAGUUAAUUACAUCCACAAGUUUUCAUCAUGUUUAAGAUUUCAAGCAUCUGAUGCAGCACAAGGUAGAGGCUCCAAAUGAAGUGCUCUGCUUGCUUGUAUUACACGCAACCAUAGAGAAUUUGAUUCACAGACAUUGCUUUCUUUUUACAGCUUAUAUAAACCCUCUUUUCCUUAUACCGACUUCAAACCAUUAUUAAACUGUGUACAAAGGACUUCAAACAACGAUGAGAGUAAGAUUUCUCACAUGUUUCAUCGCUGUUUUAUGCACUCAAGCUAUAUCGAUUUUAGGUUUCAGUUCAGAACAUAGAGCUUUAAACUCAUCAAAUACCAGCAUACAAACCAAGCAACCUACUAGUAAUGUAGGAAACUAUGGAAGCAUAAAAGAAGGAAUCAAGUUGCACAGAGAAGAUAAGAAAUAUAUCAAGGAGGAAAAAUUUGAACGAGCUUAUGACUCAAUUAAGAAAGCUAGAGGAAAAGGAGCUAACGGUGGUGCAAAUGAUAAUCGCUCUGAGCCUCGCCGUUCUAGAAGCUCUGCACCAUCCAUAUCCAUGUUGUCUUGGAUUUCAACUGUGUGUGUAAGCUUUGUUUUAACCUUCCAUGCUAAGUUGCUAUGAAUUUUCAAACAUUUUUAGUGUCACAUGUUUCUGUUUGAAGCUUGGGCUUCUUUAGAAGAGAAGAUCAUCUUUGUACAUCAUUAAAUAUUGUUUGUCCUUCUAAAUUCUCAUAACUUGAAUUUAAAAUACUAUCAUGAAUAAACGCUUCAAGUUAAGCUUGUCACAGAUUUCCAAUUCCAAUCAGAAAGGAAAAUCAUCGAUAGUAUUAUCUAAAGAGUUAAUUCAACCGAGUAGCCCUACUCGAACCAUGUUAGGUCUGCAAGGGGAGAGAGUGAAUACGGAGAGUGAAAUCAUCGAUAAAUAACUACAAUACCCAGUAACAGGUAUCCAAAUGUUUGAAGUCUUGUGCUAACUGCAACAUAUCAAAUUAAAUUGUUUACAGAUUAUAGAAGCUGAAACAAGUCCCAUUAACAUUAACAUUUGCAUAUAGUUCACCAAAAGUACCUAA